UGCUGCCGAGGUUGACCGGUUAUCGUCAUCAUGGACGGUGCUAGCCCACACCUUGGGCCCCGGAGCUUCCUUUCAUCCUUGCCUUCCAUGGACUCCCCCGGAUCUGUAAUUCACAUACAUUUAUAAUUACUCAAUUGUCCACCGCUCCAAUCCUAGAGACGGCUCCAAGCAGCGGGCCUUUUUCUCUCCUACGCCGUGACUUAGAGCUUCCAGAGCUUUUACUAACGCAUUCCCAAUUGCACCUCGGUGACGUCUCACGACUUAGACCUCUUCAGCCCUUUCGAUUGGUCGACAUCUUCCAGAUCCUUAGCUGCUUCCGUCAUAAAAGACUCGGAUUCGCUUCGGAGGCGUUGUAGGUGCUCGUCAUGGCAAAUCAAUCCAAGCCAGCCCCAAUUGGACCGUGGGGUCGUGCCACCGCCGGAGCUGCUGGUGCUGUGCUUGCCAAUGCCUUGGUCUAUCCCCUUGACCUGAUCAAGACAAAGCUUCAAGUGCAGGUCAAGCACCAAGCCGUCACCCUCGCAGACGCACAAGCGGAGGCCGACGAACCCCAUUACGACUCGACGUGGGAUGCCGUCAGACAGAUCGUCUCUGCGGAAGGCGUGUCAGGUCUUUAUGCCGGCAUAAACGGCUCCCUCAUCGGAGUUGCCUCGACCAAUUUCGCCUACUUCUAUUGGUACUCGAUUGUCCGCACCCUCUACUUCCGCUAUAACAAGUCUGCAACUCAUCCGUCUACGGCGAUCGAGCUCUCCCUUGGCGCUUUCGCAGGUGCCCUGGCACAGCUGUUCACCAUCCCCGUUGCCGUCGUAACCACCCGCCAACAGACACAGAGCAAGGGCGAAAGGAAGGGCCUCUUUGGUACCGCGAAGGAGGUGAUAGACGGCGAGGAUGGCGUGUCCGGGCUGUGGAGGGGGCUGAAGGCAAGCUUGGUGCUAGUCGUGAACCCAGCCAUCACGUAUGGUGCCUAUGAGAGGCUGAAGGACGUUAUCUUCCCGGGGAAGACUAGCUUGAGACCAUGGGAAGCUUUCAUGCUCGGAGCCAUGUCCAAGGCAUUGGCAACCAUUGUGACCCAGCCGCUCAUCGUUGCCAAGGUGGGCCUGCAAUCCAAGCCGCCCGCGAGCAGACACGGGAAGCCAUUCAAGAGCUUCGUCGAGGUCAUGCAGUUCAUAAUCGCGAAUGAAGGCCUCCUGGGUCUGUUCAAGGGUAUUGGCCCGCAGAUCACCAAGGGCCUGAUGGUACAAGGCAUUCUCAUGAUGACGAAGGAACGGGUCGAGUUAUUGUACGUCCUCUUCAUCCGGUACCUACGGAGGCUCAGGUCCCAGCAGUUUGCCAAGGCUGCUGAAUUCGCGGCAUCAAGGGCAAAAGCAUCCAUUCCUAUAACUGCGAAAUAAACACAUUGGGAUGUUGCCUGCACAUUGGGAUGUUGCCUGCCUAGGUAUACCAAUGACGGGCAUGUAGGGCUACCUAGUUAGGUCGUUGGCUGAAGUGUCCUUGUAUAUUCCGAAGUCAGACGUUGUCAUGUAUGUAUUUCGGGGCAUAUGGAAUUUAAAAUUAUGGGUUCAUCGUAAAUCGCGGCUCAGAGACAGAUUGAAACAUGA